AUUUCAUUGGGUCUAACUCCCACCCUUAAGUAAAAUAAAUAUUGAAAGUACAAACUUCCAAUCCAUAGACACGUACGCGUCGCCUUUGCUAAAUGUUGUUCUAUGUUUCUAACUUUACCGGCCUAGCAGAAUAGAUUUUUCUCAACUCGUUUUUGUUGACUUAGUUACGUUCGGAAGCUAAUCGCGAUCGGAGUGUCAUGUAGCGAAAUUCGUGGUUUGUUUAAUAUUCGGAAGAACAGUGGUGUAAGUUUUGUCAAGCGUGAUGAAUUCACGCAUGUUUUUUUGUGAUAUCGAUACCACACUUCAGUUGAGUGAGAGCUUAUUGUGUGAUUCAACAGUGAUAAAAAAUAGGUCAUAUUUACAAAAUCAACUGGACCACGCAGUCUCCGGAGAAACAGGUUCUUUCCGAAUAAACAAAACCUGCAAGUGACUACGUCUGAGACAUGAAUUCGUCAGACCCGGCCCCCAAUCACGCCAAAAAGCCGGCCGUUGACGACGGACAAGUUCAAUGUGAUUAACUUUGUGAAAAUCAAUGCCAUUUAGUUAGUCAUUUGGGCAGCCAAUCUUUUCGUUCACACCCAGUGUCAGUGUCAAGGGAAUGGGAAAGAUCUGUAUUUUCUAUACCGCCAAUUGCCAACUUUAAUAAGUAGGUACCACACCACCUUAGGCUGGGAGCGACGAAUGCUGAAGAACCUGUCGAAAAGCUAGCACUAAUCGAAUUUAAUGCUGCUUGAAUUGGCUAAAUAGAGUUCCAGCAGUUUCAUCAUCAUCAUUAUCAUCCGCCUUAACUGCGUGUGUGAUUCAGGAGGUAAACAACCGAGAAGAAGAAAAGGCUUGCAUGGAUCUCGUCGCACCCGGUCAGUAUUGGCCCAAAAUAAUCGGUCUUGAAAGUGAGUUGAUCAUUUUAGUACAUUUCCUUUCGAAGUUCGGAGCGGGUGGUCGAGAUCCGGUCAUGAGCCAAACACAGUUCAGUGACUGGAUAGAACUGGCAGUGAAUGAAAAAUAAAAGUGAAAUUCAAUUUGGAAAUGAACUUUUUAACCGGUGCAAUCAAAUGUUUAUUCUGUGGGAUCCUGGUGUUGGUGGUCUUUCGAACCGGAUCAACGUCGGCAGGGGACAUCACAGAUCAAACAACGUCGUUGGAUCAAGGGCUGCUGAGAAAUUUGUUUCAUCUGUUCCGACACUGGAUGUUCAACUUUGUAGGACAGACUGGGUUGAAAACCAGAGGAUCGUUUCUGCAGGAAAAGAUCCCAGACAGUUUGCCAUUUCCUUGUGAUGUUACGAUCGGGAGAAGUAAGCAAGUGCCCAGAAGUGUGCAUAAGUUGAGGCCGGGUGAUUUCAACGUUAUUGCUGCUAUGGGCGAUUCUCUGACAGCGGCUAGUGGAGCGUCUUCCAGUGGCUUCGUUGAUCUAUAUAUGGAAAACCGUGGUCUGUCGUGGAGUAUUGGCGGGCAAUGGAACUGGCGAAAUGUCACCACCUUACCAAAUAUUUUGAAGGAGUUUAACCCUAAGCUCGUCGGUUACUCGCUGGGAGAUGCUUAUCCCAUUCAUCGAGCCACUCAGUUCAACAUGGCCGAAAUCGGAGCCGUUUCCUACGAUAUGCCAUUUAUGGCCAAGUCAUUGGUGAAGCGAAUUCGAGCCGACCGGAGAGUGGACUUUAAGCGAGACUGGAAACUGGUGACAAUUACCAUCGGUGGUAAUGACAUUUGCACAUUUGUGUGCACUAUGCAGAGACCGGAAGAUCUGCCCGUCAAACAUAGGCUAAGGAUGAUCAAAACUCUACGUUAUAUUAGAGAUAACAUGCCGAGAACUUUCGUAAACAUCGUCUCGGUCCCAUUGGUGUCGACGGUCGUUUCGAUCAACUCCAAACCGGGCGUCUGUCACGCUCUGCAUCACGGUGAAUGUUCCUGCUGGGUUGGGCGACUUUACAACCAAACCGAGGCGUCCAGAGAUAGGUGGCGCAGAAUUCAGCAACAAAUGAUUAAAGCGGAAGUGGAAGUGUCGGAGAUGGACGAAUUUCGUCGUUUGGACGAAUUUGCUGUCGUUCAUCAGCCGUGGUCUACACAACUUACGCUGAAAAUGAAUGGUAAAGAUGUGGAUUACUCGUUGCUGGCAUACGAUUGUUUUCACAUGAGUCAAAAGGGAAACGCCUUCGCUGGAACGGCUCUUUGGAACAACAUGCUGGAGCCGGUAGGUCAAAAACGCACCAACUGGAGACCACUUUUUGAAAAAUUCCACUGCCCAACCGCGAAAGCCCCUUACAUUUACACCUACGACAAUAGCUGAUAAUCAGUUUUUUUAAGCUUUUACAAGUUAACUUAAGAGUUUGGAAUUAAUUUAUCUUGCCAAGCAUAAAUGUACAAUCAAUUGUGAUGGUAGGUUUAGGUUUUUGUUCUGAAAGAAAUUUUAACAUGCCAUAUGUCAAGGAAACAGUAUUGUG